UCUCAUCCUGCUCUCUCUCCUCUCUCUCUCUCUAGAAAUCCUUCAUUAACGUUGUUCUUUCUUCAUCUGGUUUCUCUGUCUAGGGUUCAGAGAAAGUAGCUGACUAUAUCUAGAAAUGCAGGAAGAGGCGAACCUAGAAGGAUCAAAGAUUAUUGUUCCUCGUAACUUUAGAUUGUUAGAAGAGCUUGAAAAAGGAGAAAAGGGAAUUGGGGAUGGAACUGUCAGCUAUGGAAUGGAUGAUUCCGAUGACCUUUUGAUGCAGUCUUGGACAGGAACUAUAAUUGGUCCUUCCGGUACUGUUUAUGAAGAGCGCAUAUAUCAGUUGAAAUUAUUUUGUGAUGAAGAGUACCCAGACAAGCCACCAUCUGUGAAGUUCCAAACACGUAUAAACAUGACAUGCGUAGAUCGAGAAACUGGAGUGGUCGAGGCUAGUCGUUUCCCAAUGCUCACAAACUGGCAAAGGGAAUACACAAUGGAGGACAUCUUGAUGAGACUGAAGAAAGAAAUGACAACUCCACAUAACCGCAAACUAGCUCAGCCUUCGGAAGGAAACGAGGAGUCGAGGACGGAUCAUCACAAGGGAGUGUCGCAGAAGUGUUGCAUUCUUUAGAACAGUAGAGAGAGUGUAUAUAGCAUCUCCCUCAUUCUACUACUAUUAUAAACCAUUUGAUGAUCCUUGUUUAAUGCUUAAACUUGAACUAAUUAAGCAUAUCAUCAUCCAUCAGAACCCAGCAUUAGGCAAUGUUCAACAAUAUUACCAGUUAAUUAUAAAUGUAUUUAUGUAUGCUCUGAUAAUAUAUAUGCAUUUUGUUUCUUUAAUAAUUGUAAAAGAUGUGAGUGUUUGUAUUGA